AUGAGAAUUCUUAGGGUCCCAUCUGUUAAUAGAAAGAUUAAAAUCAAUUCAUUAUCUAUCCAUCAAGAUUCAAAUACUUUAGCUAGUGCUGUUAAUGAUGGAAUAAUACAAUUAUGGGAUUCUAAAACAUUAAUUGAUGUCACUGCAUUAGAAUCUCCAACUCAAGAAGAUAUCUCCAAAGUGAAACCAAAAGAUUCAAUAAAUAUUCAUGAUGGUAUAGAAAUCCUAAGUAUAAAAUUCAUAAAUGAAUGGUUAAUUAGUGGUGAUAUAAAAGGUAAAGUUUUCAAAACAAAUAUUAAAACAUUAAAAUCUACAUUAUUAUUAGAAUCAACAUCUGCUAUAAAUGAUAUAACAAAUUCUGCAAAUGUUUUAUUCUUCGGGACUUUAAAUAAAAUUUUAUCAUUUGAUUUAGAUACUUCAAAACAAAUGGAUUCAAUACCAUCAAGAUCUGAUGUUCAAAGUAUUUCAGUGGAUCCAACAAACUCUUAUCUCAUGUCCAUAGGUUUUAAUCGUCAAUUAUCCAUAUAUCAUUUCACUCAUUUCCAAAAUCAAAUUUUAUACAAGAAAUUACCAACUGGUAAUCAAAAUUUAUCAUCAAUUAAUGAAAUUUGUAAAAAUUCUUGGAAUUCAAUUGGUGAUUUAAUUGCAGUGCCAAAUUUUGGUUGUGAUCCUCAAGUAUCCUCAAUAGGGAUCGUAUCAAGACAACAAUGGAAAUCAAAUUAUUCUUUAUAUGGUCAUAAUUGUAAUGUUGUUAAAUUUAAUCCAAAUAUUUAUCAAGAUUCCAAAAAUCAAAUUUUUAAUAUAAUUGCAUCUUCUGGGAUUGAUAAAUCAAUCGCGGUAUGGAAUACAACUCAUCAAAGACCUAUAUUUACAGCUACGGAUGUUUCAGAGAAAACUAUAAAUGAUUUACUUUGGAAUGGAGAUGGGUUAGGACUUUUCGUGGCAACUGAUACUAUUUUAAUUUUCCAAUUUGAUAAUGGUGAAUUAGGUGAUCUUAUAAAUGAAGAUAAAUUAAUUGAAUUAAAGAAAAAAAUUAAUAUUCCAGAUCCUUUAAAACCAAAAGAACCAAAGCCAGAAUCUAUAAUUGAUUCUAAUAAUAAAGAUAAUAAUAAUCAACAACAAAACCAACCAAAACAACCAACUCCUCAAUCAUUAAAACCUUCACCAUCACCACAACCAACAAAAUCAUCAGAUGCCCAAGUAAUACAACAUCCUUUAACAACAAAGACAAAAGAUGGUAAGAAACGUAUAGCUCCAACUUUAAUCUCUACAGUUAAUGGAUCAAAACCAACAUUUACAAAUACUCCACAAAUACCAACAAAUGGGAUCCUAAAUAAUAAUAAUAAUAAUCAUAAUAAUACAACAAUGGAAUUUGAUGAACCUUCAUAUUCUGUACCAAAAGAUUUAAAAAGAAAAGAAGAAUUUGAUUCAGAUCAACAAAAAAAAAGAAGAGAAGUUGAAGCUGUAGAAUUUAUUGGUUCAAUUAUAAUAAAUCCUUCAACUUCUUUUUCCAAAGUAAGAAUAUCAACACCAAAAGCAAGAUCAUUUAUUCAAUUUAAAUCUAUAAAUGAUGAUUCAUUAAUGCUUGAAAUAAGAAAUGGGAAUGGUAAUGAACAAAAACCCACGAAAAUUACAUUAUUUAAAAAUGAAACAAGAACCAUAUUCACUGAUUUCAUUCCAAAACUUGCUGGGUUAGUUGCUGGAGGUGAAGGUUAUUUUUGGGCUGUUUCAACAAUGGAUGGUGUUCUUUAUAUAUAUAGUGAUAGUGGUAGAAGAAUUUUCCCACCUAUAAUCCUAGGUACUCCAUUAAGUUUUUUGGAAAGUAAAGGGAAAUAUUUAUUAGCUGUUACAUCGAUUGGUGAAGUUUUAGCAUGGGAUAUUGAAGCUAAAAAAUCAUUAUUUGAUCCAACUACAUUAUAUCCUAUAUUAUCACGUUCAAAUCCUGAUUUAUUAACAAGAGCUGAAAAUUUAACAUUAUGUGGUAUAUCAUCAUCUGGAACUCCUAUAGUGACAAUAUCAAAUGGGAAUGGUUAUUUAUUUGAUAAAGAUAUGGAAACUUGGACUUUAGUUAGUGAUUCAUGGUGGGCUUUUGGUUCACAAUAUUGGGAUUCAAGAGAUGAUAAAUCAAAUGGUAAUAUUGUUAAUUUAUUAGAAAGGAAAACUAAUGAUGAAAUUGUUAGAAGAGGUAGGGGUAAAUUUUUACAAAAAAUGGCUAAAACAAUGUUGAUGAAGGAAGGUUAUGAAAAUUUAGAAAAAAUUGUAUCAUUAGCACAUUUAGAGAAUAGGAUUUUAAUUUCAAAAAAAUUAAAUGAAUCAACUGAAUUUAAAAAUUAUUUAAUUAUUUAUUGUAAAAGAAUAAGUGAAAUGGAAUUUAAGGCAAAAUUAGUGGAAAUUUUUAAAGAACUUUAUGGACCAGAAAUUAAUCAACAAAAUCAAGAAAAAUGGGAUUCUAAAAUUUUAAAUUUUGAUAAACAUGAAUUAUUGAAAGAAAUUAUCUUUGCAUGUGCAAAUAUAAGAUCUGUUCAAAGAAUUUUGGUUCAAUUUGCUACAUCUUUAGGUAUAUUGGAUCAAAUGACUUUAUGA